GCAACACUUGAGGAAUUAACUUCAAUCUCAACACAUCAAGAAUCAUGAUGCUCUUCCUGAAACUCAGCCUCCUCACCUUAAUUAUUUCAGCUCCUGGCUUAAUUGUUUCUAGAGAGAAUAUGAUUACCUGUUACAGUCAUGUCCAAAGACUCACUUGUGAAACUGGACUGAUAAAAGUGAAGUCUUCUGUGUACGGCCGUACGAACAGCAUAACCUGUAAUACUAAUCGUCCCUCUUCUGAGGUUACUAAUACCAACUGUGCCUUGAGGAUUACCACUAUCGCUGAUAGAUGCAACGGACUAAAAGAAUGUGAGUUAAAAACUGAAUUACUUGGCAACCCUGACCCAUGUUAUGGAACCUACAAGUACUACAACACCACUUACGACUGCAUCAAUGGCCAUUUUGUUGUGAUCUGUGAGCAAGGCUACAGCACACUGGACUGUGGAAGUGAUUCUAUUGAGAUCAUAAAUGCAAACUAUGGGCGGGGAAAUUCUAGAACCUGUUCAAAUGGAAUCCCCAGUUUUCAGACCCAGAACACCAACUGUUACGCUCCAAACACACUCUCAACUGUGGCUGCAAUGUGUAAAGGAAAGAAGACUUGCACUGUAGAAGCUUCAAACACCAUCUUUAACGAUCCUUGUGUUGGGACUGUUAAAUACCUCACUGUGUCCUACAUCUGCACUAGGGAAAUUGUGACCUGUGAAUCAAGUACUGCUACACUGAACUGUGGUGCUCACCGUAUAAACAUCAUCAGCGCUAACUACGGCCGAACCGAUUCCACCACAUGUUCUUCAGGACGACCUGCCAGUCAGAUUUCCAACAAAAACUGCUAUACACCUGAUGCACUAAAUAAAAUUGCAGCUAGAUGUGAAGGACAGAGCAGCUGCGAGGUGCCUGCUACAAAUGUCGUCUUCUCUGACCCCUGCUAUGGCACCUAUAAGUACCUGACAAUUGUGUACUCCUGUGUCUAACUCUCAUUCACAGGGACAUCUAUGAGGGACGCUCCAUAUAAUCAAAGAAUAACUUUAGGGAUUCCAGAUUUCUCUCCAGUGGCCUCCCUUUAGUCUGAAAAGAUACACUGCAGGAGUCUUGGUGGUGGUAUACUUAAUAUUUGCAUGGUAUAUAAUCAACUGCUGUGAAGAAUUUAUUUCUUGAACUUAAUUAUUUGCUUUUACAUGUAAUCACUUCCUCUUGAACUAAUCCACUUUGAUAAUGAUUGUGCAAUAAAUAUUCUAAAUGUCAGCAUAACA